CCGUGGCCUGUUGGUACCUGCGGACGGGUGCCCGGUGGAAAGUACCUUUUUCUCAUGAACGCUUCUAGCUCCUCACCUUGGGCUCUCGCCAUGGACACUAUGAAAACCACCUACAUCGUGCUGGAACUGAUCAUCGCCAUCCUGUCUAUUGCCGGCAACGUCCUGGUCUGCUGGGCCGUGGCCAUCAACAGCACCUUGAAGAACGCGACCAACUACUUCCUGGUGUCCCUGGCGGUGGCUGACAUCGCCGUGGGACUCUUGGCCAUCCCUUUUGCCAUCACCAUCAGCAUUGGGUUCCAGGUGGAUUUUCACAGCUGCCUCUUCUUCGCCUGCUUCGUGCUGGUGCUGACCCAAAGCUCCAUUUUCAGCUUGCUGGCCGUGGCCAUCGACAGGUACCUGGCUAUCAAGAUCCCACUGAGGUACAACAGUCUGGUGACGGGCAAGCGGGCAAGAGGCCUCAUUGCUGUGCUGUGGCUCCUGUCCUUUGGCAUUGGACUGACUCCACUUAUGGGCUGGAAUAAAGCCAUGAGUGGUUGUCCCAAUGCCACCAACGAGACAGGGGUGGACACUGGGACAGAGCACCAUGGCUGCUUCGUCUCAUGCCUCUUUGAGAACGUGGUAACUAUGAGCUACAUGGUGUACUUCAACUUCUUUGGCUGUGUGCUGCUUCCACUCCUCAUCAUGCUGGGAAUCUACAUCAAGAUAUUCAUGGUUGCCUGCAAGCAGCUGCACCAGAUCGAGCUGAUGGGCAACUCCAGGACCACGCUGCAGAAGGAGGUCCAUGCAGCCAAGUCUCUGGCCAUCAUUGUAGGACUUUUUGCCUUCUGUUGGCUGCCCCUGCACAUCUUGAACUGCAUCACUCACUUCCACGAGGAGUUCUCCAAAUCCAAGCCUGAGUGGGUGAUGUAUGUGGCCAUCAUCCUCUCCCAUGCCAACUCUGUCAUCAACCCCAUCAUCUACGCCUACAGGAUCAGGGACUUCCGCUGCACCUUCCGCAAGAUCAUUUCCAAGAUCCUGUGUAAGUCAGAUGACCUCCCCAAGUGCACCACUGACAACAACCACCACCUGACUGUCACCAACAUUAGCUGUCCCACUGCCUCGGUGACCAUAUGACCGGGCACCUCCUGCUCCCAGGACUUUGCAUCUGUCCCUGACAAGACCCUGCCCUGUGCCUACGUGACCAGUUCUGGUGACCUCCCCGGGGGCUGCUCAGAGAUGACCACUAUGCAGCCAUGCAGCUGUAUUUUUUUAAUUUUAAUUUUUGUAAUUAACAUAGUGCCUCGUAGAGGAAUAACCUGAGGGGGGGUGGGGGUGGGGGCAGUGCACCCUCAGCUGCUCACCCAGGUUGUGUGAGUGCUGGUGAUCCUGUUGUAUUUCCUUUCCUGGUCAGACACUGACUGUGGAAGACCCACCUGCUGGGGGUGUUUCCCCCAUUGUGCUGCUCAUGACAACUCCUAGGAUCUUUUUAUUUUAAUUAUUAUUAUUAUUAUAUA